CCAUACCCUCCCUGACUCACCCCUCUCCUCCUCCUCCUCACCCCUCAGUCCCGACAGAGACAGAGACUACAACGGGACUACAAAUCCCUUCAUCUCCUCUCCAUUUACCACAGCAGAGCUGCCUCUGGGAGAUGUAGUCCAGACCAUCGCCUCACCUCUGACCCCUGAUCAACCUCUACUGGUUACCACGACGACUAGCACCACGACGACGGACAGUGAAUCACAAUGGCCAGAGACGGACACACCCCUGCUCUCACACACACACGCUACACACACACCUGAACACACACACGCUACACAUGACAUCCAAACACACACACCUUUGUUGGACAUGUCACCUGCACACACACCUCUCUCACAGACACCUGUACUGUCCUCAACCGCGGUGUCCCCCCCCUCACCACUCAAUCCUAUCCAGGAUCACACCGCCACCCAUCCUGACCAUUCUGUUUUGACCCCGACCCCAACAGCUCUGACCUCUCCCAGUGGUCCGAACACAACUCCCCUCUACUCUUUCGUCACAACCAGUCCUGUGGUCACCACCACAACCACAACACAACCAUCACUGAUCACGAAACAACCAUCCACAACCACAACACAACCAAUCUCUUCCACACAGUCGUUCCCCAGGCUCAGGACCACCAGACCCCCACCCUGGACCGCCCCUCACCCCAACCAGGGCAGCCCAUCAGCGGGUACAUCCUCUGGCCUGUCCCCCUCUCCUCCCCCCUCCACCAUCAGCUCCACACACAGACCCAGAGUCUUCAUCCUGCCUGAUCGGCCUGCUACCAUCAAAGAAGAGUCCAUUGAGUUGCUGCUGCAGGUGAUUCUGGAGGAGAGCAGCUCUGACCCACCAGUCAGUCUAGGUUAUUACACUACCAGUCUGUUAACACACACACAGUCUGUUAACAGGUUAUUAUCCACACCAGUCUGUUAA